CAGAUAGAUAGAUAGAUAGAUAAUUAGUUUGAUUUACUGCAAAAGCUCUUCAAUCAAUAUAGAAUGGCUCAAGGUGUUCUGAAACUUAAGUCGAAAGGUGGUAUCUCUAGAGUUACUAAGAAAAGACAAAAUCCUAAAGCUGCAGCUCCAAAAGUCAUCAAAGCUAAGAAGACUCCUGCAAAGAGUGCUCAAACUUUUACUAAGGUUCAUCAAAGUCAAUUAAUCUCAUCCACUGAAAAGUUGAUUGCUAGUAGAGUUGGUCAUUUGGAAUUGAUUAAGGGUUCUAGAAGACAAAUCGAAAGACAAGAAAAAGAAAAAGCUAAAAAGAAGGCUUCAUCUUCAUAGACUAAUAUUUCAUAAUGGUUACCGUAAAGGAUAUACUAUCAAACUUUCCUCACAAAUAUGAAGCUGAAAAUCAACAGAAUAAUGAUUGGGAGAAAGCAAAGCUUGUAAGUAUACCGUAUGAAGGUGAACCUAUAAGUUGCAUUCCAGAAUUAACGGCAUUAGAUCCUGACUUGGCUUUACAGGAAGAAAAGAAAUCUCGUAAAACAAGAAGAAGAGGAUAAUAUCAAAAAUAUGUAUAAUAGAUAAAGUACGAAU